UUAAUUCGGUAAAUAAGUAAAUAAAUGUAUAAAAGUGUUUGAACUAACUAUUUUUACAUGAGAACCCGGAAAAAGAGAAAACCAUGGGACUUUAUAGGCGAACGUCCAGGCCCGCUCUUUCUCAUUAAUAUGCUCCCAUCACUCAUUUACAUAGUACAAAGGUAGAACUCCAUUAAUGGAGGUAUGAGUAAGCAAAUCUAAAGAGGGAGGAAGAAGUAAUAAUGGUAGGAGAAGAGUCAAAAUCCCCUCUUCUAUGGACGCUAAGGCUUCCUAUUUACGGGGAAAGCCUCCUAUCCUAAUGGGCCUUAAUGGGCCGAAGCAGGUUCAAGUGGGCCGGACGAGACUAAAUGGGCCUCGCCGAUUGGGUUCCGUAUUGAAGUGAUGAUUUAGACCUCUGAACACUAGUGAGCCCGAGUAAUAUACCCAACAGAGUAUAAUGAUGUUGAUUAGUCAAGUGUAUGGUAGGUACAUAAAUUGUGGUGUGGGUGUCGUGGACAUGGCGGUGGAAGGGCAACACUGACCGAAAGUACACCUCAUAAUUUGUAAGCUGCGUGUGCUUCUUUUUAAUGCCUCCAAUGGCUGCUACGUCUUAUUUCUCUUGAGCUGCUUUUCUGCUAUUUUAAUCCAUCAUUUCUACCCCCUUCCAGUACUAAAUGGCGGGCAUCUGCUGUGGAUUUCUGAAUCAGAGUAGCGUGUCGUCGUCAUCUUCUUCGUGCGAGACAUCUUCCCGGUCGGCCAGGAGGAGGAGACCGGAGAUCGGUAAGAUUGAGUUAGUUUCCGGAGUAGCUCCGCCGGAAACAGAGAAUCGACUGAAACGUCCUCGUUUGGAGAUGUGUUCCUCUUCAGGAUCGAGUUCGAGGCCGUGCUGUAACGUCGUUAACAAUUCUGAAGGCUCCGACGCUGAGGAGACGGCUGUGAAUAGAAAACCUGGAUUGAUUUUGAGCUCGUUGACUUCAGGUUUGUUGCCUAAAUUCGGAGUGGCCUCCUUCUGCGGACGCCGGCGGGAUAUGGAAGAUGCGGUUGCGAUUCAUCCGUGGUUAUGCCCUAAGGAUCGCGAAAACAACACCGAAUUGCACUACUUCGCAGUCUACGACGGCCAUGGAUGCUCUCACGUUGCGAUGAAGUGUAAGGAACGGUUACACGCGCUCGUUAAGGAAGAGGUGGAGAAGAAAGAGGAUUGGAAGCGCGCGAUGGAGCAGAGCUUCAGUCGCAUGGACGAGGAGGUGAUUGCGUGGAACGAGAGCGUCGUUCGUGGCAGUUGCCGGUGUGAGCUGCAAAGCCCGGACUGCGACGCCGUCGGGUCAACCGCCGUCGUUGCAAUUGUAACCCCGGACAAAAUCAUAGUGGCCAAUUGCGGCGAUUCCAGGGCGGUCCUCUGCCGGAACGGCAAAGCUGUUCCUCUCUCCAAUGAUCAGAAGGUGAGGAAAUGACUCUUUCUCAGAUUUAAUCGAUUUUAACUGGAUUCGAAAAUCGAAACUUCUGUUAUUAGUAUUCCGGCUUGUUCGUUCCCAAUUUUGGUUUUCAAUUGUGCAGCCGGAUCGCCCGGAUGAGUUGAAUCGGAUCCAGGAAGCGGGCGGGCGGGUCAUAUACUGGGAGGGUGCUCGGGUCCUCGGAGUCCUGUCGAUGUCGAGAGCCAUCGGCGACAACUAUUUGAAGCCCUAUGUGAUAUGUGAGCCGGAGGUGACCGUCACCGACCGGUUGCCGGAGGACGACUGCUUGAUUCUGGCCAGUGAUGGGUUAUGGGACGUGGUGUCGAACGACACCGCAUGCGGAGUUGCGCGGAUGUGCCUGAACGGGAAGAAGCCGGCGUCUCGCCAUGGCCUGCCGGAGAAGGAAAUAGCACUGCAGAAUUCUGACAAAGUUUGCUCCGAUGCGUCGGUGUUGUUGACGAAGUUGGCCCUGGCGAGGCGGAGCUCGGACAACGUGAGUGUAGUCGUGGUCGACUUGAAGAAGGCCACGUAGCUCCGUGGAGAUAUUAUCAUGACUAGUGAAACGUGUUAGUUUUUUGGUAGCAGUGAAACGUGAUACGUACUUAGAGAUAUUUUGGUAUGAGUGUUUUUUUCCCUAGCAUUUCUAUGUUAUGUGAAAAUUUCAAGGGGUAACAAACCUCUUGAUUUUUUUCAUGGUUUACACGCAGAAAUUCACUUUUUACCGAAUUCAACUUUUUUGCCUUCUUUUGCAGUGGUUAUAAAUAUGAAAUCCAUCCCGUCAGAUCUACUCCCAAAUUCACUUUUUAUGGAUUACCCUAACUUUCUUGUUUGAAUGCGUGACUUUUUUUGGCUCAUGACGAUUCCGUAUUUACUCUUUGAUCCAUAGAAAAGGUAGAAUCUCCUACAGAAAAGGUAGAAUCUCUUACCGCAGGAGCUCCCGACACGAUGGUGGAGAGGUUAGUCACGGUGACUCAAUCAGCAAAGUGAUAGUAGACUCAUAUAUCCGUGCGCAUUAGAGACUCAGACUUAUUUCAGAUUCUGUGAUCUUUAUCCGAUCGCUACGGGGAUUCAAACCUUGCUCUAUUGAUCCAAAUCUCCCACUACUCGACCAACUGAGCUACCCGUGCGGUUACGAUUUUGUAUUUACUCAAAAUUAGUGGAACGUUAUCAGUUAUACUCAGUAAGAAAUUUAGUUAAUGAAAACGGUUUGUUUCUUGUAUGGAGUAUAAAAAAUUAAGAAUAAC